AUGUCAAUCUUUGCGUGGUGCUCACGGCGCUCCGGCGUCUUGGCCUUGACUGCCUUGAUAUCAUUGUCAUACUUUGUUAUCUCAAGAGAAGCCAUCGCUGCCCGGUUAGGAUACAAUUACACACAACAGGAUAACGUUACAGCACCCAAGUAUGCCAAUGGCGCUGGCUACUGGACUUUGGUCUACGCAUACUACUGCCUUGCGAUCCAUGUUCUCGUCUUCUGCUUCUCGAUCCGAAUCAACUACUCGCUAUGGGACAUUACCCGCGGUGUUGCCAGAGUUGCUCACAACAAGUCGCUCAAGGAUUUCAAGUUCUCGCACCGCCGUCGUGGCUCAUCCACCUCGCUCUCCAGCUCCGAGACUCUCACCUCAUCCCGCGCCUCUUCGACUUCUUGCAGCGAGGCCGGUGAUCUCGAUAUGUCCGACUACACCGUCGAUGCUGAUGUUUCGACCAGCCAUGUCCUCCACGCUAUCAUUAUUCCCAACUACAAGGAGGAGAACGACACCCUAAGGGAGACGCUCGAAGUUCUUGCUAGCCACCCGCAAGCCCGCGAUACCUACGAUGUCUACCUCGGAAUGGAGCAACGCGAGUCGAACGCCGAGCUUAAGGCGAUGGGUCUCAUCCAAGAAUUCAUCAAGAAGUUCCGGUCAAUCGAUUUCACUCUUCACCCCUAUGACAUUCCUGGCGAGGCCGCUGGCAAGGGAAGCAACGCCGCCUGGGCUGCUCGCAAGCUUAGCGAAAGGUACCCUCUGGCUCAGCGCAAGGAUGUUUUGGUCACUGGAAUUGAUGCCGACAGCCACCUCUCAUCCAACUACUUUGCACUAGCCACUAGCAUGCACUUGGCUAACCCCGAGACGGCUACCACCACCCUGUACACCGCCCCUAUCAUUUUCGACCGGAACGCGCACGCCGUUCCCGCCAUCGUCCGUGUCGCCGACGUCUUUUGGUCCGCUGGUGGUAUCUCGGGUCUCUACACCGGCUCCACAAUCGCUCCCCCGACAUCUGUGUACACCGUCCCCUUGGAAUUGGUCGAUCGUGUUGGCGGCUGGGACUGUGACAGCGAGGCGAUUGGCGAAGAUCUCCACAUGUACCUCAAGUGUUUCUUCGCUCUCAAUGGCCACCUCACCACCAAGGUCAUCAUGGCCCCCGUGAGCCAGACAAACGUUACCGGCGGCGGCCAAGGCCAGGGAAUCAAGGGACUCAUCAAGGACAUCCAGGCCCGCUACAAGCAAGCUCAGAGGCACAUGUGGGGUGCUCUGGACACUGGAUACACUCUCCGAAAGUGCGUCGAGCUUUGGCGUGAGAGGAAGUACCUGGCCCGCGCUUUCAAGCCUCUGCACCAAUCUCUGGAGUCGCCCGAUACCUAUGUUCCCCAAGAGCUCGACCAGCUGAACCCCGAGCAGCCCAUCGAGGCUGGCAUCUUUUCCGAUGUCACCCACGACACUCUUGAGAAGCCCGACUGGGAGCGUACUUUCUACCUCCUCACCCGUAUCUUCGAGGCCCACAUGCUUCCCGUCCACGCCACGAUCCUCAUUGUUUCCUCGACCAUCUACCUCUGGGCCACUGAGGGCGCCCCUGAUUAUCAUGGCAUCGGCUGGAUUUUCACAGUCUGCAACGUCCUCCGCACUGCUGGUUUCAUGGGAACUGCUCUGUACCUCUUCUUGUACGAGAACUUCCACAGGACAUGCGUUGAUGCGCGUGAGAAGGAGAUGGUCGAGGCUGGACUUGCCAAGGGCAUGCACUUCUCCAGGAGGAACAUCAAGACCAACUUUGUCGACUACGUCAUGGUACCUCUUGUUGCGCCACUAUUCGGAUCGAUUCCUUGCGCCUGGGCACAGAUCUGCCACAUUUGGACCGUGGAUCUGGUCUAUACUGUCAGCAAGAAGGUGACUAGGCAAAGAGCCAAGUCGAUCACUCUUGCUGCCACCAAGGUAUAG